CGACUCCCACACCUGUGUCGGCCGCGCUGUUACCUGGCGUUACCGUCGGCCGCUUCGAUCGCUGAGGUUCCAUGCAGCCAGGAAGGGUAUUUUGGUCCCGAUCGAUCGCGAGCCGAGAACGGGAUCCCGGCGCCUCUUCCUCCUGUUGCGCGCUAGGAUCGCCGGAAUCUUUUCAACGCUUGCCUCCAAUCAGCGUUUUACAACACCUGAAGCCAGGUAUGGCGUCCAAAGUACAAGGAGCUGCGUUAGCGUUCCGGAAAACGUUUACAUUUCCUUCAAAAGAUUUAACAAGGUGGUAUCCACAACACAUGUACACUGGUAUGAAAGACAUGCAGCGAAAGCUCAAGAGUGUGGAUUGCAUCCUGGAGUUGCACGAUGCUAGAGUGCCCUUUAGCGGGAGAAACCCAAACUUCAGCAGUAGGCUCACUGCAGUAAAGCCACACGUGCUGCUGCUGAAUAAAAUGGACAUGGCACAUUCAAAGUACGACGAUGUUGUCAUUUCGCAGUUGAAAUCUGAAGGAAUUUCGAAUGUUUUGUACAUUAAGAGCACACAGCCCCACAAGAACAUUGGAAAGAUUGUACCUCUUGUCACAGACCUUAUCAAGAAAUCAGAUAGGUACAACAGAAGAGAGGCAUACGACUACAAUAUCAUGAUCAUUGGCAUCCCCAAUGUUGGAAAAUCCUCCUUGAUCAAUGCCCUGAGACAUAAGUAUCUGCAGAUAAAAGGUCAAGCUACCAGAGUGGGCGCUCUGGCUGGAGUGACAAAAUCUGUGCUCAUGAAGAUUAAGAUCUCCGAGGACCCGUUGAUCUACCUGCUGGACACUCCGGGCAUCAUGACUCCAUCAGCACAAGAUGCAGAAGUAGGGCUGAAGUUGGCGUUGUGUGGAAACAUGAACGACAAUCUCGUUGGUGUUGAGCUCAUGGCAGACUAUCUCCUUUACUGGCUCAAUAAGAAUGGAAACUACAGUUACACAGAUUACCUGGGUCUUGAAGAGCCCUGCGAUGACAUCCGCUUGGUGCUCUACAAAACGGCUGUGGCACUGAGGGCCACACUUAAAGUUAGAACUUACGAAGGUCUAGCCGUGAAACCUGACCUCGACGCAGCCGCCACACAUUUUGUCCUGGGGUUUCGUCAGGGCAUCUUCGGCAGAGUUGUCCUCGACGUAGAUAAGCUGCAGCUGACGGAGCAAAGUUGCGUGGAGAGUUGUUGAACGUACGCUACGAGGAUUCUCCAAGUGUUGUACGUUUCUGUUUCGAAGGAAGCUUGUAUAUAUGUAUAGUGCACACACAUUAAAAAAUUGCACCCAAUU